UCCUAGGCAUUCAAGCAGCAUAUAUUCCAUCUAAAGUGGAAGAACUAGGACUUGAUUUUGCCUAGCAAAAGACAAAGAAUCAAUGGGAUUUCUGUUCCUUUUUCUAUUAGAAUCUCACUGUACCUUAAGAGUCAUAGUGUCCUCACCCUUUGGAUGAGGGUCACUUUCUUUUUUGGUGGCCAAGUUAAGCACCAAGUUUUUGAGCUUUUCCAUUCCAUGUCAAACAAGUUUUUGUGCAACUCUACUCUCUUCAUUGCAAUGUGCACUUUAUAUGAGAAUAAGAAAGAAUAGAAAAAUCAGUGAUUGUGCUGUGUUGUGUUGUGUCUAAUCUUCCACACAGAAAGGUGUUGCAUAAAUCUUCUGUCUUUUCUAGGUGGCAAGUUCCUGCUUCAACCACCACUUGUAUUAUUGACAUUCACAAAAACACCACCAUUCCACUGACACAGAUAACAGGAGCAAUGAAACAAGGGUCACCAGCAUCACCACCGCCACCACCACCAUCACCACCACAACCACCACCACCAACAAAAAAUGUGAUCAGGCUUCAGAGCAGUUUAACGCCAUCAAGGUUAAGACUUCCUUCCAAGUACAGAGAGCCUCCAAGGACUCCACCAGAGGUUGUCAAUGGGGUGACAAGGAGAGCCAAGUCUGUGACUCCAGAGUUGAAGCACACUUCCAGGAUCAAAAGGGGUGUAGUGCCGAACAAGACCAAACCCAAUGAAGAGGUUGUGGGAAGCCACAGGGGUAGGGAAGCCGAAGAGGCUAAGGUUGUGUCUCGUUUCGUGAGGCCUCAUAUUGUGGAACAGUUUGUUAGGCCAAGGAGUGUGGUUGGGGAUUUUGCUAUGAAGAGGGAUAAGGAGGACCCUGAUGGGAAGAGUAAGAAGGAACUGAUGGAGAAGCUUGAGGUGAGUGAGAGUUUGAUCAAGAAUCUGCAGUCUGAAGUGCUGGCUUUGAAGGCUGAGUUGGAAAAAGUUAAGGGCUUGAAUGUGGAGCUGGAAUCUCACAACAGAAAACUCACUGAGGAUGUUGCUGCUGCUGAAUCGAAGGUGAUGAUGUCUUUGGGUGGAAGUGAAAAGAUGAAGGAGCCAAAUGCAGAACAUCAGAGCCCCAAAUUUAAACACAUUCAGAAACUCAUUGCUGACAAAUUAGAAAGGUCCAUAGUGAAAAAGGAAGCCAUUACUGAUGGAUGCUUUGUUAAAGCAUCAACUCCAGCACCAACAGCAAUUCCUACCAUUCCUGAAGCUGCUACAACUCUAAGAACAGGAAGAAAGCCUGCACUAAAAGCAUGUCUUCCACCACCUCCACCACCGAUGCCACCAUCAAUCCCUUCUAGGCCUGUAGCAAAAGUAAAUAACACACAAAGGGCACCUGCAUUUGUGAAAAUACUUCACUCAUUGAAGAAUCAUGAAGAAAUGAAGAACACAACAGGAUCAGUUAAACAGCAGAAACCAGUUGCUGUGAAUGUACACAGCAGCAUUGUUGGAGAAAUUCAAAACCGUUCUGCUCAUCUAUUAGCAAUAAGGGCAGACAUUGAAACAAAAGGAAAUUUUAUCAAUGACCUCAUAAAAAAGGUGGUAGAAGCGGCCUACACUGACAUUGAAGAUGUCUUAAGUUUUGUUAAUUGGCUUGAUGGUGAACUCUCAUCACUGGCUGAUGAGCGUGCAGUGUUGAAGCAUUUUAAUUGGCCUGAGAGAAAAGCUGAUGCCAUGCGUGAAGCUGCAGUUGAGUAUCGUGAACUUAAAUUGUUAGAACAAGAGAUUUCCUCCUUCAAGGAUGACCCUGAAAUUCCAUGUGGAGCUUCCUUGAGAAAGAUGGCCACCCUAUUAGACAAGUCUGAGAGCAGCAUACAGAGACUAAUCAAGCUGAGAAAUUCUGUGAUGCGUUCAUAUCAAGAUUACAAAAUUCCAACCGCUUGGAUGCUUGACUCGGGAAUCAUGGAAAAGAUUAAGCAGGCUUCUAUGAUUCUGGUAAAAAUGUACAUGAAAAGAGUGACAAUGGAGCUUGGAUCUGCUAGGAAUUCAGACAGACAAUCUAGUCAAGAAUCCCUUCUGCUUCAGGGCGUGCAUUUUGCAUAUAGGGCCCAUCAGUUUGCUGGAGGUCUGGAUGCAGAAACUCUGUGUGCUUUUGAAGAGAUAAGGCAACAUGUACCAGGACACUUAGCAGGGUCUCGAGAACUUUUGGCUGGCAUAGCAUCAUCGUGAGAGGCCAUUGAUAUAUUUUAUGCUUUCUUUUACCUUGUCCCCAAUGUUCAACACUAUUCACGAUCAUUCAGAAGAAAUAAGAAGAAAAAUGCAGAGAUUUUGAAGAAAGAACUUUCCACAGGGUGGUUGAAGAUGUUUAGAAGCUAAGUCUGGUACAGUUCAAUUGUUACAAGUUCUAUGGAUAAAAUCUUCAGUCAUUGAGCUUAAACAGUUUUUGA